UUUGCACAUGUGUUGUACACAAGCGUUGCCAUCACCUUAUUGUCACAGCUUGCACAUGCCAGAACAAUAGCAACAAGUUGGAUACAAAGAUUUCUGAGCAGAGAUUUGGCAUCAACAUCCCACACAAGUUCCGAAUCCACAACUACAAAGUGCCCACUUUCUGUGACCACUGUGGCUCUUUGCUUUGGGGCAUCAUGCGGCAAGGUCUGCAGUGUAAAAUAUGCAAAAUAAAUGUCCAUAUACGAUGUGAAGCCAACGUUGCACCCAAUUGCGGGGUGAACGCUGCAGAACUGGCCAAGACGUUAGCAUGCAUGGGGCUGCAACCAGGAAAUAUAUCUCCAAAUGGGAAAUUGGUCUCCAAGUCAACCCUGAGGCGCCAGAAAAAAGAGAGCAUGAAGGAUCGCAAUGGUGUACCUGAGGUUUCGGCGAGCAAGCUCAAGAUUGAGGACUUAAUAUUUAUCAGAGUUCUGGGAAAAGGCAGUUUUGGAAAGGUGAUGUUGGCCAAAACAAAAGGGACAGGAUAUCUCUAUGCCAUCAAAGUGCUGAAAAAAGAUGUGAUUCUCCAGGAUGACGAUGUGGAGUGCACCCUGACCGAGAAACGGAUCCUGACCCUGGCGAGGAACCAUCCAUUUCUCACCCAGCUUUUCUGCUGCUUCCAGACACCU